AUGGACGACGACGUUCCGACUUCAGCUCUGCCUUCCCAACUCUACCCUUCGGUGGGCUUCCAGGUUCUCAACCUCGACCACCUGCUCCUGAGCCAGACCCUGGAGCCAGCCUCCAACGCCAGCCUGAAGGUGAAGAAGCAGAGCUUCCUGUUCACCGGAGGGGCAGGGGCUGGGGCUGGGGCUGGGCUGGGGCCCGGGGCGGGGCUCCUACAGCCGGCCGUGAACGCCUCAUACGGCCCCCUGUCCGUGGACGCUCCCGUCCCCCCGGAGCUCCUCCUGGGGGACCGCAGGAUCCAGGCGGUCCUCCUCUCCCAGCACGUCCGCUCCUCGGCUCCCGUCGUGAGGAUCCUCUUCCACCUGCCCUCUGGAGUUGCCACGACGACGGCGGCGCCCGGCGCGGAUGGCGGCGGCGGCGGGGGCGGCGGCGGCGGGGGCGGGGCGGAGGCCCGGGCCGUGAGGGAGGCGUACUGCGUCACGGCGUACGCCUACUGGGAGACGAGGGAGGUCCGGGGGGCCUGCCUGGUGCACGCCGGCGGGUACUGUCUGGCCCAGCUGAAGCCAGAGCCCGCCUGGUUCGGCUCAGCCAGUCGGUCAGCGAGCUCCAGCAAGGAGCAAGGAGGAGGAAGAGGAGGAGGAGGAAGAGGAGGAGCUGGAGACGCGGCGAGGGGAGGGUCCCAGGGGAACCCCGCGGAGGUGUACUUCAAAAGCCGCGUGGACCGGGGCGGUCAGUGUGCGCCCCAGGACAGCCUUCGUCGCAUGGGAGCGGCACAAGGACCCGUUCGCGGCGGCUCGGGAACACCCAUGAGUAGAAUCGGAAGUGUCAAUCUGCUCAGGACUCCGCCUGGGAAUCCCACGUUCCUUCGGCUGAGGCUGGGGGGCUCCCUGGUGGUCCAGACCUCCUCCAAGCCCCUGAAAAUGUCAGACGUGGCGACUUUCUACGUCUUCCUGUCCAGUGCGUCCCCCCUGGAGAGUUUCACACUCAGGGCUACAGCUAAGGGGAGCCUGUCCUUCAGCUCGGUGCGUGCCAGCGACUCCUCUCUCUGGAGUGUAGUGGCUAGCCCCCCCGUGGAGCCCGCCGAUAGCUCCGUCUCUGUGCGCUGCCAAAGGAAGAAAGCCCACACCGCUAAGAGGGGCCUGCUGGAGGUGCUUCAGCUGGACUUCGUGCCCAGAGACGUGUGGGAGAGGGCGGACAGCCAGAUGAUCUCUUGGCACCUGGAGCUGCCCGGGAACCAGAGGGACGUGGGGCUGAUGAGGAUCUACACCACCAACCGGGACUUUGUGGGCCUGGCCCCCAUGGUCGAGAGGCGCGACGUGCUGAACACGGCGGUGCUGACGGGCGCGGCGGUGGCCGUUCCCGUGAGGGUCAUGGCGGUGGAGGCCGACGGCUCCGUCAGCGACAUCACCAACGCCACCACCUGCAGGUCCACGGAGGAGGACGUGCUCAAGGUGUCUGAGCGCUGUGACUACGUGUACGUGAACGGCAAGGAGACGAGGGGGCGGAGCAGAGUGGCGGUGAACUUCACCUACAGCUUCCUGAGCGCCCAGCUGGAGAUGAGCGUGUGGAUGCCCCGCCUCCCCCUCCUCAUCGACCUAUCAGACCCCGAGCUCAGCCAGAUCAAAGGCUGGAGGGUCCCCGUCACCACCGGCAACCGCAGGUCGACAGUGGACAGUGAGGAAGAGGAGGACAUGAGGAAGGGCCGGGGCUGCAUGCUGCAUUACCAACACUCUGUAGUGAGGGUGCUGACGCCCUUCACUGCCCAGUCGUCAGCCUCCCCGGCCGUCCCGGACCCUGCGUCUGGAGAGACCCCCCUGGAGUACUUCCUACCACCGGACUGGCAGGUGGAUGUGAGCAGCCUGGUGCGGCCCUCUCUGAAGGUGCUGGACCCUGACGUAGCUCGUCUGCAGGGUGGAGUCCUGCUGCAGGGACGAGCCGUGGGCACCACCACUCUGCAGGUGCUGUCGCCUCUGUCCUCGUCGGUGCUGGCUGAGAGGAGCAUCAGGGUGGUGGAUGAUAAAGUCAGUGUGACAGAGCUGGGGGUGCAGCUGGUGUCUGGGCUCUCUCUCUCCCUCCAGCUCAGCCCUGGGAGCAACCGGGCCAUCGUCGCCACGGCCACCACACAGGAAGUCAUCACAGAGCUCAAACAGGAGGCGGUGGUCAGCUGCUGGGUGCGCUUCAGCGACGGCUCGGUGAGCCCGCUGGCGCUGUUCGACCGCGGCCUCUACUCCCUGGCCGUGACCGCGCCCGGCGAGGCGGCCGUCUCCGUGCGCCGGGCCCCCCACGCCACCUUCGUGGCGGUGCAGGGCCCCCCCGCCGCGGGCCCCGGGGCCCUGGUGCGGGUGGAGCUGCGGAUCUGCGAGGAGUGCCAGAAGUCCAAGAGGAAGAGCAAGCUGGCGGUGGGCACCGGGGCGCUGAGGACGGACCUGCGGGGGGCCGGCCGCGGCGACGACCGCUUCGGGGAGGGAUGGCCGAUGCCGAGCCAGGCCUCCACCACCACCACCCCCCCCGCCACGGAGACGCUUCGACCCCAGGAGGUUUGGGUCGGAACGGCGCCCGCCAGGUUCCCUACGGUUGUUCCUGAUGAGACCACCUCCACCGCACCCGACCCCACCACCGCCACCCCCGCCCCCCGCCCCGACCCCACCACGGGCCACCCGGCCACGACACCCCCCCGCAGCACCGCCGCACGGCCCGGGCUGGAGGCCCCCAUGGGCGUGGUGGGGGCGGGGGACGGACAGAGGAGGAGCUACGGCAACAUGCUGGACAACCCCGUCGCCCCGCCCAAGAAAGACGGGCCGAACGCUGACGCCGAGCCCGAGAAGGAGACCCCCAAGUCCAAGUCCCCCCCCAAGGUGUUCGAGAACGACAUCAUCCGGACGUUCAAGGCCAUGUCGGACAUGGAGAUCGGGAUGUUUGCCCUGGUGGGGGUCUCGUGCGUCGCCAUACUGGCCUUCCUGGUGAACUGCGCCUCGUACAACCUGUGCUUCCGCGGCCACAAGACGCCCAUCCAGGCCGCCCCGGUGCCCACCGGAGACCCCAAGGACCACAAGCACGACUGGGUGUGGCUGGGGACCACCACCAUGGGAGGCGAGGUCCCGGGCCCGCCGCCCAAAGUGUGCACGCUCCAACGAGAGGCCCACCACCGGCCUUCGCUGGACUCCCGCCACUCCAUGGACGCCCAGACGGGCGCCCUGACCUCCGCCUUCCCCCAGAGGACGGCCACCCUGGGCCGCGGCCGCUCCAGCUCCCAGCAGCAGAUCCAGUGCCAGCCGCCGUCGGAGCCCACGGCUCACCGCUCCGCCACCCUGCUGGCCCGGCCCCAGCGCAACGAGCCCCUGCACUCGCCCACCAGCAAGAGGAACCAGGUGCAAUUCACCACCUUCACCACGCUGGACAUCAAACACCUGGCGGCACUGAGGAAGAACGGCGUGGACUUCAACUGGGCGCAGCAGCAGCAGCAGCAGCAGUAA